AUGGCUGCCAGAAAUAACCAAACAGGAGCCUAUGGCAGCAGCAUUUUGAGGCUUUCCCAAUGCACGGUUGCCUUUACUGAAGCAAAACGAAAUAAUAUUCUCUACUUCAAUAUAUGUGUCUACGGUACAUUCCAGGUAUCCUUAUCCAUACGCCCACCGUCUUAUCCCACUGAACGCACUCUUGAUAGGCUGCAUAGUGAAAAAGCAGUAUGUUUGACGCUCAAUCCCGGGCAGAUCCUCGGUGAUAUUGUCUACUACAAUCUGUCGUUGCUGAAGAAUGAAUCGGCCCUUGGUACCCUCUCACUAGCGUAG